AUGCACCGUGUGUUGGUCGUCGGCGCCGGGGCCACGGGCUCCGCUGCGGCCUGGCGCCUGCGACAAUUGGGACAGGUGAAAUUGGAGGUUUGGGAGAAAGCACGUGGGCCAGGAGGCCGGAUGAGCACGAACCGCCAAGAAGUCAGCGGUGCAACUGUGCGAGCUGACAUGGGAGCUCAGUACGUGUCGGUGGAGGAGUCCGACUCCGCGACCAUGCAAGUGGCUGAGAGGUUGUUGUCCUCGGGUGUUUGCGCUGAGGUCUCCCCGGAACUCUUGACCGCCACCCCCGAGCGCCCGGUACGGGCGAAGCACCUGGCAGGCACGGCCGGUGGUGUCAAUGAUGCGCUGAAGACGCUCCUGGAGGAGGCGGAUGCCACGGUUCAUUACGAGAAGCGCGUGGCUUCGCUGGAUUUGCAGAGUGGAUCGUGGCGCGCUCGACCUUUCGAAGGAGCGCCAGGUAUGUUUGACGCAGUGCUCAUCGCAGUUCCUGGCUGCGGAGUAGGUGGCGACAAUCUCCUGAAAAUCCACGGGAGCUGGGAAGGGAUGCUGAAGCAAGAUCAGAACAAGCAACUGAUGGCGGCUCAGCAUGAUCAGCGCUGGUCCUUCGCCUUCUUUUUGCCCAGCGACUGCCAAGCGGUGUGCGAGCGCUAUUUUGGCCCCAAAGUGGUGGAGAAAUUGGUGGACGACGAAGUGGUUCAUUUGCUGUGCUAUCAAUCUCGAAAGACAGAGAUCGUCAGCUUAGACAUGAGGUCCAGCCCGGUCGUGGUGGCCCAUAGCACCACCGAGUGGGCCAAGCGCCAUGCGCAGCGCGGUGGGAAGGAUGAACGGCUUUUGAGGGAAAUGGCUGCCCAUGUGCAGAAGCUCAUUGGUUUGGAAGGUCCGCUUUCACAGCUGACAAGUACUUCCAAAGUGAUUACCUGGAAGCAAUGCCAAGUUCAAAGGCCUGUCACAUCGGAGGCGGUACCUUUCAUGGCUGUGACCAGCGCUCCACCACUGCUUCUUGCUGGUGACUACUUUACAAGCUCCAGCUUCAGUGGCUGCGUGAGGAGUGGCUUUGCAGCAGCAGAGGCGCUGAGUGCAUUGCUGAAGGACGUAACCCCAAAGGCAGGUGGAGGGAGAGAGAGGGAGAGGAAUCACUCACACCAUGUUGGCACCCAAGCUAGGUAUGUAUUCUGA